AUGCUUCGCUCGCAAUGCCUUUUUGUGAACCGUCGUGUGAGUACUAAUCUCACACGCGUGCAGCAGACACGUGAUGCCAGUACCAUUAAGAAACUCAUGGCUGCUAAUCGCGGCGAGAUUGCUACGCGGAUCAUGCGCGCCGGAAACGAGCUCGGUAUCCGUACGGUCGGUAUUUUCUCCAAGGAAGAUCGCUUUACACAACAUCGUUAUAAGGCGGACGAGAGUUUUCUCGUGGGUGAAAACAAGUCGCCCGUGGGUGCUUAUUUAGAUAUUGAGAGUAUUAUUCAAAUAGCAAAGGAAAACAAGAUUGAAGCCAUUCAUCCAGGCUACGGGUUUCUCAGUGAGAACGUUGGCUUUGCUCAAGAAUGUGCCAAGAACGGCAUCAAAUUUGUAGGUCCUACGCCUGAGAACUUGCAACGUUUUGGUGACAAGACAGCGGCACGUGAGAUUGCCAUUGAACAGAACGUGCCAGUUGUGCCUGGUACGGAUGGACCUGUUCAUAAUCUCGAACAGGCUCGUGCUUUUAUUGAAUCGGGUGUGGGUUACCCUGUGAUCAUCAAAGCCAGUAUGGGAGGAGGUGGUCGUGGUAUGCGUGUCGUCACGUCUGCCGAGGAGCUCGAGGAGAACUUUGAGCGUGCCAGUUCUGAAGCCCUGGCAGCUUUUGGUGAUGGUACCGUGUUUAUUGAGCGCUACGUGGACCGACCACGUCACAUUGAGGUGCAGAUCCUUGGUGACGGUCAGGGGAACGUCGUGCACUUGUUCCACCGUGACUGCAGUGUGCAACGUCGCCACCAGAAGGUGCUGGAGACGGCUCCCGCAGUGGGACUUGACCCAAAGACAGAGAAGGCUAUGAUUGACGAUGCUGUGCGUCUCACCAGUGCUGCCAAGUAUUUGAAUGCAGGUACCGUCGAGUUCCUCGUGGACCAACAGGGUCGCCACUACUUUAUUGAAGUGAAUCCCCGUAUCCAGGUCGAGCACACGAUUACGGAGGAGAUUACGGGCAUCGAUUUGGUGCAGAGUCAGAUCCGUAUUGCCGGUGGUGAGACUUUUGAAGACUUGGGUCUUAGUCAGGACAAGAUUAAGCCUCGUGGACAUGCCAUGCAGUGCCGUGUGACCACGGAAAAUCCGAGCACGGGUUUCCAACCGGACUCGGGUGUCAUUGAGGUAUUCCGUAGCCCUGGAGGCAUGGGUAUCCGUCUCGACGACGGUCCUGGAUUCGUUGGCGCUCACAUCACCCCCCACUAUGACUCACUGCUUGUCAAGGUGACUGCACGUGCUCUAGACCGAGGUGACUGUGCGCGCAAGUUGAAGCGCGCGUUGUCUGAGUUCCGUGUGCGUGGUGUCACCACGAACAAGAGUUUUCUGAAUAAUGUGCUGAAUCACCCGGAUUUCAUUAAAGGCGUUAUUGACACGAGCUUCAUUGCUGCCAACCCGGACCUGCUGCUGCCGUCGAAGUCAACGAACCGUGGCCAGAAGAUGCUCAAGUACAUCGGUAACACGAUCGUGAACGGACCGGAGAAGGCUUUGGGUGCUACUGGCCCUGCUCCGUCCAAGGUCGAUCCGCUUAUUCCUUCUCUGUCGGCGCCGGCUGCUUCCAAGGAGAAGUCGCUGCGCCAGAUUUACGUCGAGAAGGGCCCGGAGGCGUUUGCAAAGGCCGUUCGUGCCAAGAAAAGUCUGUUGCUGACCGACACCACGUGGCGUGAUGCUCACCAGUCGCUGCUUGCUACGCGUAUGCGUACGCGUGACAUGCUUGCUGUUGCUCCAGCUACUUCCAUCGCCAUGCGUGAUGCCUUCUCGCUCGAGAUGUGGGGCGGCGCAACGUUUGAUGUGUCGAUGCGGUUUUUGCGCGAAGACCCCUGGGACCGUCUUGCAAUUUUGCGUGAGGCUGUGCCGGAUAUUCCGUUCCAGAUGUUGCUCCGUGGCGCCAAUGCUGUGGGUUACACGAGCUACCCGGACAAUGUAGUGUACAAGUUCUGUGAGAAAGCUCAGGCCACUGGUAUGGAUGUAUUCCGUGUGUUCGACUCGCUCAACUACCUUGAGAACAUGAAACUUGGCAUUGACGCGGUUGGUGCUGCCGGCGGUAUUAUUGAGGCUGCGAUGUGUUACACCGGCGAUGUUUCCGACCCGACCCGCGGCCCGUAUAACCUCGAGUACUACUUGGAUUUCGUGCGUCUGUUGGUGGCGCAGGGCAUCCACGUGUUGGCCAUCAAGGAUAUGGCUGGUCUGCUUAAGCCCAAGGCUGCGCAUAUUCUAAUUUCUGCCAUCCGCAAGGAGUUCCCGGACCUGCCGAUCCACGUCCACACUCAUGACACGGCAGGAACGGGUGUGAGCUCAAUGCUCGAAGCUGCGUACGCUGGUGCAGAUGCUGUUGAUGUGGCCUCGGACGCCAUGUCGGGCACGACCUCGCAGCCGUCUAUGGGUGCGAUUGUCGCGGCCUUGAAGGGCUCCGAAUACGAUACGGGCGUGAAUGCCGAAGACAUUAUGGAAAUCAAUGACUACUGGGAGAUGCUUCGCGGCGUCUACGCUCCGUUCGAGUCUGGCCAGAAGUCUGGCUCGGCUGACGUGUACAAUCAUGAAAUGCCUGGCGGUCAGUACACGAAUCUUCUUUUCCAAUCGACGCAGCUCGGUCUUGCGGGUCAGUGGCCGGCAAUCAAGCGCGCUUACGCAACGGCUAACCGCCUCUUGGGUGAUAUUAUCAAGGUAACACCUUCGUCCAAGGUGGUGGGUGAUUUCGCUCAGUUCAUCGUGCAGAACAAGCUCACGGAGCAGGAGGUUAUUGACCAGGCUGAUACGUUGUCAUUUCCAAAGUCAGUGGUGGAAUACUUCCAGGGUUAUCUGGGUAUCCCGCACCACGGCUUCCCGGAGCCGCUGCGUUCGCGUGUCCUGAAGGGCAAAUUGCUGCCGAACGGUCGUGAAAUGUUCGAGGCCCGUCCCGGUGCUGAGAUGCAGCCGUACAAUUUCGAGGCGGCGGAGAAGAAGCUGAAGGAGCAGUACGGCGAGGAAAAGAUCCGCGACGUCGACGUAAUUUCGCACGCUAUCUACCCGGAAGUGUUUGCGGACUUCAUGAAGUUCAAGGACGAGUACGGGUCGAUGCACUUUUUGGACACGCGCACGUUCCUGACAGGUCUGGAAGUUGACACGGAAGUCGAGAUCGAGAUGGAGCACGGCAAGACAGUGUUCAUCAAGCUCGUCGCAGUCGGUGGUGUAAGCAAGAAGGAUGGUUUGCGUGACGUCAUCUUUGAGCUCAAUGGUCGCCAGCGUGUGAUCAAGGUCAAGGACGAGGCCGCAGGCGUGGCCUCUAUGUUGAAGCCUAAGGCCACGACAAUGACUGGUUCUGUUGGCGCCCCGAUGCCUGGUGUUGUGCUUGAUGUGCGUGUGAAGAAGGGCGAGAACGUGAAGGCUGGCGACGCUCUGCUUGUGCUGAGUGCCAUGAAGAUGGAGACUGUUGUGGCAGCUCCAGUAAGCGGUCGAGUGGCGUCAAUCCAUGCUGACGUUGGCGACAACAUGCUUGGUGGCGACCUCCUCGUAGAGAUUGACGAAACUGGUGACGACGAAGAUUAA